AUCCCAAGUACAGCUCUGUUUGGAUUUUCAGUCAAGUUCACUAUGCACUCUUUCCUCCUGGUGACGCUGGUCUUAUCUAUCCUUAUUCAAGCUUUUGGUGGAAUCAACGGAAAUCCCAUAGCCGUAGAAACACGCAGCGUUUGCCCGGUAUCGACAUACGACGGGUGUUUCAAGGAUUACAGAAAUGCGAGAACACUUCCCAUGUUCUUGUUCCAAGAGAGAAAUGAAACUGAUCCAAAAUACAAUGGGCAGCUUAUAAACUGGAACGAGUAUGGCACUUAUCUAUCGGGGUUGGUUUGUCGAUGUGCCGAAAAAGCUAAAGAAGCAAAGCAACCCUUCUUCGGCAUUCAAUUCUACGGCGAAUGCUUUGCCGGCAACAACACGACUUACAAGAAAAAAACAGUCAAUGAUUGCACAUGCGAGUCAGGUCACUGUGCAGGGGAAGCAGAUGCUAAUGCCGUCUACAUAUUAGCAACAUCGACAACGACAGCACCGACGACAGUCCCCGCACCUCCUAAUUCAUCAUGCGAGGAUGGUCCAGAGUGCAUUGGAUUUGAGGAUUCCUGUGAAACCUAUGAAGCAGUUCGCAAGCAAUGUCCCAAAAUGUGUGGCCUGUGCCAUGUUUAAACAAGCAACAUGAAAAACACUCAAAUAGAAAAAUCUCACAGAAAAUUAUGCUUACUUGGCUGAAAAUAGUCUAUUUGAUGCAUAAAUAUCAUAUUGGUACUUGGUUGUUUUGCUGAAUUAAAAGUCAACUGGAAGGUUA